GGCUGCCAGCUGCCAGUCAUCGACAAAACGCAAUUCGUAAAGUAAUAACAUUUGGUCUUGUCGAUCGGUAUAGGUCAGUUUUGUGUAAUUGAUUCACUGUAAUGCACGAGAUUGAAUGUACGCGUACUUAAUAAAUUAAUUUGAUAGCAAAUCGCCGCUGUGGUGACUCAAUCUCAGUGCAGAUUAGUCCUCAAACGAAAAAUAUGAUUAAUGUUUGAUUUGCAAAAGCGGAAGCGAUUUGAUGAAUACGUUGGUAGUCUAAAUAAUACGUGAUAGCGAAUAUUUGUGCGAAUGCGCUUUUAAAUUAUACCACCCAGCAAACAGCAGUGACAAAAGCGGGUAAAUUAAAAGUGAAUAGAAUCCGACUGCUCGAAACGCGAAGCUAGACCGUUGACGGUGACGGUAUUUGAUAACGAUGAAUCUGUCUGCAGCCUUCGUGGACGAAACGUUCGUCUACCUGUACCGGGAAAUGAUGGAUAACUAUAUGCCGGCAUACUUCAAGCAGAUGGAGUACACACCGUGGAUAUUUUCGCUGAUCGGUUCAGCACUGAUCGGUCUAAGUGGGAUUCUACCACUGGUGGUGAUUCCCGUAGGCAAUAAGGACAGCAAGGACUUUAAAGAUCCUGCCGAAUCAAAAACGCUCAAAGUUUUGCUCAGCUUUGCCGUCGGUGGCCUGCUCGGAGAUGUAUUUCUGCAUCUUCUACCGGAAGCCUGGAGUGGUGAUGCGGUUGGCUCUCAAGACUCGGAAGGACACAGUCAUCCGUCUAUGCGUAGCGGGCUCUGGGUGCUAGGAGGGGUUCUAAUUUUCACGAUCGUAGAGAAAAUCUUCUCCGGUUACACGAACGCUGACGAGAAUAACCCGCAACCGAAAUGCGUCGAGAUCGCAACAUGCUUGCUGCGAAAAACCGGCGGUAAAUUGCCCGAAGGUUUUGUUGGAAGCUGCGGUCAAACCGGGGCGUGCGACAUUGAAGACGUACCCAAUGGGUGCUUCCUCGCGGGAAAGGCAGAAGAAAAAAAAGAACCCACUAAAAAAGUUGCGGGUUAUUUAAAUCUUCUCGCGAAUUCUAUCGACAACUUUACUCACGGUCUGGCGGUUGCCGGCUCAUUUCUGGUUUCAUUUCGCCAUGGUAUUUUAGCAACGUUUGCUAUUUUGCUCCACGAAAUUCCUCAUGAAGUGGGUGAUUUCGCAAUCCUGCUGCGAUCCGGUUUUAGCCGAUGGGAUGCAGCUAAAGCCCAAUUAUUGACGGCUGGAGCAGGACUACUGGGUGCACUAGUGGCGAUUGGUGGCAGUGGAGCUACGACUGCAAUGGAAGCGCGUACAUCAUGGAUAAUGCCAUUCACGGCGGGUGGUUUUCUACACAUUGCGCUGGUUACGGUGCUGCCUGAUUUACUGAGCGAAAGUGAACCAAAGGAAUCUGUGAAACAAUUUGCCGCGCUCCUACUUGGCAUUGGGUUGAUGGGCAUAAUGACAGUGUACCUGGAGCACUGAAGAAAACCAUAAGCAAACGUGUACGUGGCAAUUGAAUGGCGAGUUUCCCACCUCCCCAGACUCUUUCCCCAUUCUCUAGUCUUAAGGAUUCUGAAACGAUCCGCGUCAACAAUGACACUACACACUAGUAGCACUGCUGUGUUGGCCAUACUCCUUUAACUCUAAGGAUUAACAUAUAUAAAUCAAAUUACUGAAUUACUAAAAAUAAAUUGUACGUAACCAACUCAAAUUUGCUAGGAUAGUUAUUAAGAACCCCGAUAAAUCUAUAUCGAGUACAAUGAUAACGGACGUCCCGGUCGCGCAUCGGUGGACCCCAGUUGUGAUAGUGUUGUCAACUAGCAAUCAAAACGCGUUUGUAUAUAUUAUAGAUAGUAUCGAAGGUAAACCUUUUCCCCGACAUUUCUUGGUCGUACAUUAGGUGUAUACAUCUGUUAAUCUUUUUUGUAACGAAUAACGCAAUGACGUUAAUUAUACAGCACUCUGCAGGUAACGAAAAACUGUGAUUACUUGCAUGAUAUCCCUUGUAUAAUAUAGAUUUUUUUUUUGGUUCUCGUGAAACGAAA